AUGGAUGUCUCAGGCAUGUUCACUGUGAUGUUUGUCACCUGCAUGUGGCUGGCGGUACGAAAAGAUGGACUGAAGAAGGUACAAGUAGUAGCCGUGAUUAUACUAUACGUGUUAGCGACAGCCAGCCUCGCGUUGGAACUUGUACGACUAGUUCAAGGCUUCAUAUAUCCUCCUGAUAUCGGUCGUAUUGCCUUCUUCUCUGACAUCGUCGAACCCCUCAGCGUAACUAACGAGUUUAUUUACGUGAUUAUGCUCACCAUAUCAGAUAUGAUCCUUGUCUGGCGCUGCUGGCUUGUAUGGAACAAAAGCAGGCUCGUCAUCGUCCUUCCCAUUAUGAUGACUGUCGGGGAAGCAGUCACGGGUUUUGUGGCGGUGGGGAUGUUCCUCGGACCGGUCCAACCCACAUAUGAUUCGGUUCGACCUUGGGCAUCCUCCAUGUAUGCGAUCUCACUGGUAGCCAACAUCACUCUUACGAUGCUUAUCGGCGGUCGCUUGUGGUGGAUCAUGCGUUCCUCAUCUCGAUUCAUCGCCGGCGGUCGGCAUGGUACGCGCGAUGCUCUCCGACUGAUCGUCGAGUCUGGCGCUGCAAUAUCGAGUGCCAAGCUAAUCGAGUUUGUCCUUUUUCAAGUAGCAUUCAUGGACAACAGCGAGAACAUGGCUAUCUAUGUGUUGUAUGAAGCCAUGCCGCAGAUUUUCGGUAUUAUCCCCACCAUGAUCCUCCUAUCUAUCCAAAUGGGUGUUACCCCUCUCUACGCCUAUGCGCUUAACCCUAGCCCCACCGCCCCAAAUUCAGCUUUCUCGAGUCCCUCCAAAUUCCGAUAUCCCCUUCACCCGCAAAGAAUCUAUGCCCGUAAAAAGGCAACAGAGUCAGAUGGGCCGUUCGUCUCCGUUGAGACGGAGAUAUAUAAGGAUACGGAUAAGGGAGUGGAGAUGGUACAGCGAAUAGUAGAGGGGGAGGAGGUGUAG